AUGGAACAAGAAAUCGACCCCCAAGAGCGCGAUUCGCCUAAAAUCGCACCUGAGUCAGACCAUGACCCAUACCCCGAAGGCGGCUUGAAGGCAUGGUCUGUGGUUCUUGGGGCGUGGUGUGCUAUGAUUUCCUCAAUGGGACUUUUGAACAGCCUAGGAACUCUUCAACCUUGGACAAGUACCCACCAACUCAAGGAUUACUCGGAGUCAAGUAUCGGUUGGAUUUAUGGAGGUUACACAUUUUUCCUUUACUUAGGAGGUGUCCGAUUUGGUGCAAUCCUUGAUUCCCACGGACCUCUAUACGUGAUACUCCCGGGCUCUAUUGGGAUAGUACUUUCAUUAAUCUUUUUAAGCUUCAGUCAAGCCCCUCGCAUCGGCUUCGCAUGGGCAAUUCGCAUAAUUGCUCUGUCCGAACCAGACUUCCCCCCUAAGAAAGCAGGCCCGUCGCUCGAUUUCAAGGCUCUCAAAGAUAUCAAAUACGCAUCUGCGACGUUGAGCGUCUUCCUUGUUGAAUUUGCGGUUUUCGUUCCGAUAACAUACAUCACCUCCUACACACUUCAUGCGGGCUUCGAUGAACAGAUGUCGUAUGCAGUUCUUGUCUUUCUCAACCUUGGUGCUGUGUUUGGACGCUUCCUACCGGGCCUGGUGGCUGAUCGAUUGGGUCGGUUUAACGUUAUGAUCAUGAGCUCCUUUAUAUGUUCCCUAUUCACUCUCACCCUUUGGCUUUCAGCGGAUCUAGUUGAACCCCACAGUUUGGGGAUGGUCAUUAGCUACGCUGUGCUGUUUGGCUUCUGGAGUGGAUCGGCUAUUAGUAUUGCACCAGUUUGCAUUUCUCAGGUUUGCGAAAUCCAGGAUUACGGGAAGAGAGUUGGGACGACAUGGACGAUAGUCAGCGUUGGCACCCUCAUCGCUAUCCCUAUUGCAGGUGCUAUCCAGCAGCAUAACAAUGGGGAGUUCUAUGGGUUGAUCAUUUUUGGCGGUGUUCUGUACAUUUCGUCUACGAUUGCCUUCAUCGUGUCUCGUGGCAUUUGCAAAGGAUGGGGCCUGAAGAUAAAAUUCUAG